CUUCCACUAAAGAUGUUCAGCUCAAAGAAAGAAAAAAAAAAGUGAUUUCUGCUGAACAGCUGCAAAUACAGAGCUGGGUAUCUAACUCUUGUCAUUUGUUGUACUGCAGAAGAGAAAACGGCAGUGACAGGAGUUAGAGGGUUAGGGAUUCCUGAGAACAGCGAUGUAGGAACCAGCAGUUUGUGACAGGCAAAACUUAUACUGGUCCAGUCUUUCAGCAACAGCAAGAAGUAGUUAGGGGAUCAGUUUCAUUCUUUCUUUCUCUCCUGAAUGUGGGCGGAGGGAAGUAACUCAUUGUGGAAACCUAUAAAAAGAAAGUAGCUGAGAUCAUAAAAGACCAAAGUGAAAAGGGGAAGCCAAGAGGAGACACACAUGCACAUGGCUUGUUUGUUUGUGUGUUCCAGUGAAUGUGCAGAGUCAAAUGGAGGUAAAUUACAGCAGGAGCACUGCAUCCUUAUAACUUCACAGCUGAAAGAGCAUCCUGAAUGGGACCUGUUGAGUGUCUGAAAAAGCAGCAGCUUAAUCCUAAAUAUACUGAGCUGAGCAUUACUUUAGAUCAAAUUUGGAUGCUUAAAAUUGAAAAUCUAUAGGGCAAAAUUAUAUUAAAAAAAAAAAUCUGCUACCUUCUCCAAUAUCUCACAGUUGUAUUUUACUUUAUCAUUUUUAACAACAAAAAUAAGCAGCACUAAACCUGCAAGUUAAAUUUAUUUUAAAAGCUGAAGUGAUAAUAGAGAUUUCAGGCUUCACUGAACAUUUUAAUGUGCUUGUUUCUCUACUAGUUCUGCAGUGAUUCUGUUAAAUUAAUUUUAACAAUGUGCAUUCUCUCCUAUAAUUGCCUGUCCCUGAUGUAUUUGAAGUAGAGAAGAAGGAACAGUUUCUGCAUUUUGUUCUUUGGACUGUUACUGAAGCGUUGCAUUGCACUGCCCUUCUUGGCUUGUGAUGAGGCUGAACAUGGUCAUGCUAGCAUGGAAUGGGGAAUGCUGCUGCCUGCUGCCUCUUCUGGCUGCGGUGCUGAUGGUGGAGACCUCUUCACUUGACACAUCUAGAUCCAAAGCUAACUCUAUAAAGGCUAUUCUGGUGGAGCAGACACCAGGUUUGGCCACCAACAGGUCUACUAGCAUCUUGCAUGGUAUCUCCCACAAGAAAGGAAAAAACCUCGGACAGGCCUAUCCCUGCAUCAGUGAUAAAGAGUGUGAAGUUGGAAGGUACUGCUACAAUCCUCACCAGGCUCCUUCCUCAUGCAUGGUCUGCAGAAGGAAGAAGAAACGUUGUCAUAGGGAUGGCAUGUGCUGCCCUGGGAACCGCUGCAACAAUGGUAUUUGCAUUCCCGUUGCUGAAACAAUCUUGACUGCUCAUAUACCAGAGCUUGAAGGCCGUCCCAAGAAAAAUGGACACGUGUCUGAUAAGGAUAUUGAUUGGCAGAACAUUGGAAGGCACCAUUCUAAGAUGCCACAUAUAAAAGGGCAUGAAGGAGACCCUUGUCUAAGGUCCUCUGACUGCAUUGAGGGCUUUUGCUGUGCCCGACAUUUUUGGACAAAAAUUUGUAAACCUGUUUUACACCAAGGGGAAGUUUGCACCAAGUUAAGAAAGAAAGGAUCCCACGGCUUGGAAAUAUUCCAGCGUUGUGACUGUGCAAAAGGUUUAUCCUGUAAAGUAUGGAAAGAUGCAACAUAUUCAUCAAAAUCUAGACUUCACAUAUGCCAGAAGAUAUGAGCAUUUGCUGAGAAGUUAUGUUAAUUGCAGACUGUUAAAUAGCAGAAAGGUACGGAAAAGUUGCCUAUAAUAAAGGACAUUGCUGGUACUCAGAAGCAAACACUGAACUGAAAGUGAAUAUAAUUUGAACUGGAGAUAUUGGAGUCUACGUGUGUAAAUAUAUCAUUUGCGCCAAUGAAAACUCAUAAAAUUGGUAUUUACUAUUUUAACAGUGCAUGCCCACUGAUUUUACAAAAAGUAUGUAUGUAUGAGCGACAAUAAUGCAUAAAUAAUCUAUGUUUGAAUAUUAUGUCUAAAUGCGUAUAAAAUAGAAAAUCCAGUUUCCUGUAUGCUGACAUUGAGUUCAUGACAUACAAAAUACAAAAGAUCUUGUCAAGGUAAUACAAUUAUUACAUUGUAUGAUAACCAAUCAAAUCUCUGCUAUAUCCUGUUUUUGUUUGUAAAGAUUUUGUUUUAUUUUAUUUUUUUUAGCAUACAAGAUUGCUUUAAUCUUAUUACCAUUUUUAACGUCACCAACAGUACUAGAGAAGGGGAGUAUUACUCAAAGUGUAUGUAUAAGAUAAUUAGUAUUAAAUUAUAUCUGUUAUGAAAAAUACAAAUCUACAAAACACAGAAUACAUAACACAUUCAGAAAUAGAUAGAACAUUUUUUUUCAUCUAAAACAUCAUAGUGGUUUAGAGAAUUAUAUGAAAAAGUGAUAUCAUAUAUUCUUCAAAUCAGUGUGGUAUAAUAAUAAUAAUAUAUACAAACUAUGAUAUCACAUUAUUGUAAUCAUCAUGUGUAAUAAUAACAACUACAUGAGUAAAUUAGUUCUUGCUAAUUCUCAAUCUAUUCCAUAUUUUUAUGUGGCCUUGUCUAGAACUCAGUAUUUUCUUGAAUAAAUAAAUAUGUUUUUUUGUAAACUA